CCACAACUGAGUUUACUGUCGCUGGCGUGGCUGAGGAGGGCGACUACCAGUUCCGAGUAUCAGCCAUCAACCACUUUGGCCAGAGUCCUCACCUUGAGUUUCCAGGAACCAUGCACUUGGUCCCCAAGCUGGCUGUAAAGACACCUCUGAAGGCGGUGGAGGCAGUGGAGGGUGGUGAGGUCACCUUCUCCGUGGACCUCACGGUGGCCUCUUCGGGCGAGUGGUUCCUGGAUGGGGAGCCCUUGAAGGCCAGCAGCAUAUAUGUGAUCCGCUGUGACCGCACCCGGCAUAUGCUCACCAUCAGAGAGGUGCCUGCCAGGUUGCAUGGGGCACAGCUGAAGUUUGUGGCUAAUGGCAUUGAAACCAGCAUCCAAAUGGUGGUCCGAGCUGCUCUCGGGCUGCCCAGCAGCAAGCUUCCAGCUGUGGCUGCCCGGGAGGUGCUGGCCCGGCUGCAUGAGGAGGCACAGUUGCUGGCCGAGCUGUCGGACCAGGCUGCGGCUGUAACUUGGCUGAAGGAUGGCCGUGAACUGUCCCUGGGACCCAAGUACGAGAUGCAGGCGUCCGCUGGGAGGCAAGCGCUGCUGGUGCGGGAUGUGGUCCAGGCUGAUGCCGGCCUCUACGAGUGCGUCAGUCGGGGGAGCCGCAUUGCCUACCAGUUGUUGGUGCAGGAGGCCAUGGCGGUGUUUGCCAAGAAGCAGCCAGCUCGCAACGAGGUGAAGGCAGAGGCGGGGGCCAGCGCCACACUGAGCUGCGAGGUGGCCCAGGCCCAGACUGAGGUGACGUGGUUCAAGGACGGGAAGAAGCUGAGCUCCAGCUCGAAGGUGCGAGUGGAGGCCUCGGGCUGCUCGAGGAGGCUGGUGGUGCAGCAGGCGGGCAAGGCGGAUGCUGGGGAGUACAGCUGUGAGGCCGGGGGACAGAAGGUCUCCUUCCGCCUGGAUGUGGCAGAGCCAAAGAUGCUGUUUGCCAAGGGGCAGCAGGCACGCAGCGAGGUGAAGGCAGAGGUGGGGUCCAGCGCCACACUGAGCUGCGAGGUGGCCCAGGCCCAGACUGAGGUGACGUGGUUCAAAGACGGGAAGAAGCUGAGCUCCAGCUCCAAGGUGCGAGUGGAGGCCUCGGGCUGCUCGAGGAGGCUGGUGGUGCAGCAGGCGGGCAAGGCGGAUGCUGGGGAGUACAGCUGUGAGGCCGGGGGACAGAAGGUCUCCUUCCGCCUGGAUGUCACAGAGCCCAAGGUGGUGUUUGCCAAGGGGCAGCAGGCACGCAGCGAGGUGAAGGCAGAGGUGGGGGCCAGUGCCACACUGAGCUGCGAGGUGGCCCAGGCCCAGACUGAGGUGACGUGGUUCAAGGACGGGAAGAAGCUGAGCUCCAGCUCCAAGGUGCGAGUGGAGGCCUCGGGCUGCUCGAGGAGGCUGGUGGUGCAGCAGGCGGGCAAGGCGGAUGCUGGGGAGUACAGCUGUGAGGCCGGGGGACAGAAGGUCUCCUUCCGCCUGGAUGUGGCAGAGCCCAAGGAGGUGUUUGCCAAGGGGCAGCAGGCACGCAGCGAGGUGAAGGCAGAGGCGGGGGCCAGCGCCACACUGAGCUGCGAGGUAGCCCAGGCCCAGACUGAGGUGACGUGGUUCAAGGACGGGAAGAAGCUGAGCUCCAGCUCGAAGGUGCGAGUGGAGGCCUCGGGCUGCUCGAGGAGGCUGGUGGUGCAGCAGGCGGGCAAGGCGGAUGCUGGGGAGUACAGCUGCGAGGCCGGGGGACAGAAGGUCUCCUUCCGCCUGGAUGUUGAAGAGCCCAAAGUGGUGUUUGCCAAGGAGCAGCAGGCACACAGCGAGGUGAAGGCAGAGGCUGGGUCCAGCGCCACACUGAGCUGCGAGGUGGCCCAGGCCCAGACUGAGGUGACGUGGUUCAAGGACGGGAAGAAGCUGAGCUCCAGCUCCAAGGUGCGAGUGGAGGCCUCGGGCUGCUCGAGGAGGCUGGUGGUGCAGCAGGCAGGCAAGGCGGAUGCUGGGGAGUACAGCUGUGAGGCUGGGGGACAGAAGGUCUCCUUCCGCCUGGACGUCACAGAGCCCAAGGUGGUGUUUGCCAAGGAGCAGGAGGCACGCAGCGAGGUGAAGGCAGAGGCCGGGGCCAGCGCCACACUGAGCUGCGAGGUGGCCCAGGCCCAGACUGAGGUGACGUGGUUCAAGGACGGGAAGAAGCUGAGCUCCAGCUCGAAGGUGCGAGUGGAGGCCUCGGGCUGCUCGAGGAGGCUGGUGGUGCAGCAGGCGGGCAAGGCGGAUGCUGGGGAGUACAGCUGUGAGGCCGGGGGACAGAAGGUCUCCUUCCGCCUGGACGUCACAGAGCCCCAGGUGGUGUUUGCCAAGGGGCAGCAGGCACGCAGCGAGGUGAAGGCAGAGGUGGGGGCCAGUGCCACACUGAGCUGCGAGGUGGCCCAGGCCCAGACUGAGGUGACGUGGUUCAAGGACGGGAAGAAGCUGAGCUCCAGCUUGAAGGUGCGAGUGGAGGCCUCGGGCUGCUCGAGGAGGCUGGUGGUGCAGCAGGCGGGCAAGGCGGAUGCUGGGGAGUACAGCUGUGAGGCCGGGGGACAGAAGGUCUCCUUCCGCCUGGAUGUGGCAGAGCCCAAGGUGGUGUUUGCCAAGGAGCAGCAGGCACGCAGCGAGGUGAAGGCAGAGGCCGGGGCCAGCGCCACACUGAGCUGCGAGGUGGCCCAGGCCCAGACUGAGGUGACGUGGUUCAAGGACGGGAAGAAGCUGAGCUCCAGCUCGAAGGUGCGAGUGGAGGCCUCGGGCUGCUCGAGGAGGCUGGUGGUGCAGCAGGCAGGCAAGGUGGAUGCUGGGGAGUACAGCUGCGAGGCCGGGGGACAGAAGGUCUCCUUCCACCUGGAUGUCACAGAGCCCAAGGUGGUGUUUGCCAAGGAGCAGCAGGCACGCAGCGAGGUGAAGGCAGAGGCGGGGGCCAGUGCCACACUGAGCUGCGAGGUGGCCCAGGCCCAGACUGAGGUGACGUGGUUCAAGGACGGGAAGAAGCUGAGCUCCAGCUCCAAGGUGCGAGUGGAGGCCUCGGGCUGCUCGAGGAGGCUGGUGGUGCAGCAGGCGGGCAAGGCAGAUGCUGGGGAGUACAGCUGUGAGGCCGGGGGACAGAAGGUCUCCUUCCGCCUGGAUGUCACAGAGCCCAAGGUGGUGUUUGCCAAGGAGCAGCAGGCACGCAGCGAGGUGAAGGCAGAGGCGGGGGCCAGUGCCACACUGAGCUGCGAGGUGGCCCAGGCCCAGACUGAGGUGACGUGGUUCAAGGAUGGGAAGAAGCUGAGCUCCAGCUCCAAGGUGCGAGUGGAGGCCUCGGGCUGCUCGAGGAGGCUGGUGGUGCAGCAGGCGGGCAAGGCGGAUGCUGGGGAGUACAGCUGUGAGGCCGGGGGACAGAAGGUCUCCUUCCGCCUGGACGUCACAGAGCCCAAGGUGGUGUUUGCCAAGGAGCAGCAGGCACGCAGCGAGGUGAAGGCAGAGGCGGGGGCCAGUGCCACACUGAGCUGUGAGGUGGCCCAGGCCCAGACUGAGGUGACGUGGUUCAAGGACGGGAAGAAGCUGAGCUCCAGCUCGAAGGUGCGAGUGGAGGCCUCGGGCUGCUCGAGGAGGCUGGUGGUGCAGCAGGCGGGCAAGGCGGAUGCUGGGGAGUACAGCUGUGAGGCCGGGGGACAGAAGGUCUCCUUCCGCCUGGAUGUCCCAGAGCCCAAGGUGGUGUUUGCCAAGGGGCAGCAGGCACACAGCGAGGUGAAGGCAGAGGCCGGGGCCAGCACCACACUGAGCUGCGAGGUGGCCCAGGCCCAGACUGAGGUGACGUGGUUCAAGGACGGGAAGAAGCUGAGCUCCAGCUCGAAGGUGCGAGUGGAGGCCUCGGGCUGCUCGAGGAGGCUGGUGGUGCAGCAGGCGGGCAAGGCGGAUGCUGGGGAGUACAGCUGUGAGGCCGGGGGACAGAAGGUCUCCUUCCGCCUGGACGUCACAGAGCCCAAGGUGGUGUUUGCCAAGGAGCAGCAGGCACGCAGCGAGGUGAAGGCAGAGGCGGGGGCCAGCGCCACACUGAGCUGCGAGGUGGCCCAGGCCCAGACUGAGGUGACGUGGUUCAAGGACGGAAAGAAGCUGAGCUCCAGCUCGAAGGUGCGAGUGGAGGCCUCGGGCUGCUCGAGGAGGCUGGUGGUGCAGCAGGCAGGCAAGGCGGAUGCUGGGGAGUACAGCUGUGAGGCUGGGGGACAGAAGGUCUCCUUUCGCCUGGAUGUCGCAGAGCCAGAGCCCCAGAUUCCAGAGAGACCCAGCCGCAGGGAGCCCCUGGUGGUCAAGGAGCAUGAGAACAUUGUCCUGACUGCCACACUGGCUGCCCCCUCUGCGGCUGCUGUGACCUGGCUCAAAGACGGCGUGGAGAUUCGCCGCAGUAAGCGGCAUGAGGCCACCAGUCUGGGUGAUACCCACACCCUAACUGUGAGAGGGGCACAGGUGCUUGACAGUGCUAUCUACAGCUGCCGUGUUGGCGAGGAGGGUCAGGACUUCCCGGUGCAGGUGGAAGAGGUGGCCACCAAGUUCUCCAAACCCCUGGAGCCUGUCGAGGGGGAGCUGGGAGGCACUGUGAAGCUGGUCUGUGAGCUGAGCCCGGAGCAGGCUGAGGUUGUGUGGCGCUGCGGGAGCACGCAGCUUCGGGAGGGCAAGCGCUUCCGAAUGACCACUGAGGGGCCUAGGCGCACACUGACUGUGUCCGGCCUGCGAGAGGACGACGCCGAGGAGUAUGUGUGUGAGAGCCGUGAUGACCGCACCAGCGCACGGCUCACCGUCAAAGUUCCCCGAGUGGUCAAGUUUACCUCCGGGUUGAGCGCCGUGGUAGCAGAGGAGGGCCAAGAGGCCACCUUCCAGUGUGUCGUGUCUCCCAGCGAUGCAGCAGUCCUCUGGUACAAGGAUGGCACCCAGCUGCAGCCCAGCGAGAAGUUUGUGAUGGCGCGGAGUGGGGCUAGCUACAGCCUUACCAUCACAGGCUUGACCCUGGAGGAUGCUGGCCACGUCAAGGUGGAGGCUGAGGGUGCCUCAUCUUCUGCCGCCCUCCGGGUCCGAGAAGCACCAGUCCUCUUCAAAAAGAAGCUCGAGCCACAGACGGUGGAGGAGAGAAGCUCUGUGACACUGGAGGUGGAGCUGACACGCCCCUGGCCUGAGGUGAAGUGGACACGGAAUGCCGCCGUCCUGGCACCCAGCGAGAACGUGGAGAUCCACGCCGAGGGUGUUCGGCACCGCCUGGUGCUGCGCAGUGUGGGCUUUGCUGACCGGGGCUUCUUCGGCUGUGAGACACCAGAUGACAAGACUCAGGCCAAGCUCAAUGUAGAAAUGCGGCAGGUCCGGCUGGUUCGAGGUUUGCAGGCGGUGGAGGCUAAAGAACAGGGCACGGCCUCCAUGGAUGUGGAACUGUCCCACGCUGAUGUGGAGGGCAGCUGGACUCGAGAUGGCCUGAGACUUCAGCCUGGGCCCACAUGCCACCUGGCUGUGCGAGGCCCCAUCCACAUCCUCACACUCUCGAAGCUUCGGCCACAGGACAGCGGGCUGGUGGCCUUCAGGGCUGAGGGGGUGCACACGUCUGCACGGCUCGUAGUCACUGAGUUGCCCGUGAGCUUCACCCGACUGCUGCAGGACGUGGUGGCCACUCAGAAAGAGAAGGUGACCCUGGAAUGUGAGUUGUCGCGGCCAGUGGAUGUGCGCUGGCUGAAGGAUGGCACGGAGCUGCGGGCAGGCAAGGCCAUGGGCAUCGUGGCCCAGGGAACCUGCAGGAGUCUCGUUAUCUACCGCUGCGAGACUGCGGACCAGGGUGUCUACCUGUGUGAUGCUGUCGAUGCUCAGACCUCUGCUUCUCUGAAGGUGCAAGGCCGCAGUGUUCAGAUUGUGAAGCCGCUGGAGGAUGUGGAGGUGAUGGAGAAGGAGGGUGCCACAUUCUCCUGUGAGGUGUCCCAUGACGAGGUCCCCGGCCUGUGGUUCCGAGAGUCCACUAAGCUACGGCCCAGCGACAACGUGCGCAUCCGGCAGGAAGGAAGGACAUACACUCUUAUCUUCCGGAGGGUACUGGCAGAAGACUCGGGGGAGAUCAAGUUUGUAGCUGAAAAUGCAGAAUCAAGAGCCUGCCUUCGAGUGAAAGAGCUGCCCGUGACCCUCCUGCGCCCACUUCGGGACAAGAUUGCCAUGGAAAAACACCGCGGUGUGCUUGAGUGCCAGGUGUCCCGGGCCAGUGCCCAGGUGCGGUGGUUCAAGGGCGGAGUCGAGCUGCAGCCCGGGCCCAAGUAUGAGGUGGUCAGCGACGGCCUCUACCGAAAGCUGGUCAUCAAUGACGCGCAGCCUGAGGACGAAGACACCUACACCUGUGAUGCCGGCGAUGUCAAGACCAGUGCCCAGUUCUUCGUGGAGGAGCAAUCCAUCACUAUUGUGCGGGGCCUAAAGGACAUGACAGUGAUGGAGCCUGCCCCUGCCUGGUUUGAAUGUGAGACCUCCAUCCCCUCUGUGAGGCCACCCAAGUGGCUCCUCGGUAAGACUGUGCUACAGGCAGGGCCCAACGUGGGUCUGGAGCAAGACGGUACUGUGCACCGGCUGACCCUACACAAGACCUGCUCUACCAUGACUGGACCCGUGCAUUUCACCAUCGGCAAGUCCCGCUCCUCCGCCCAGCUUGUGGUCUCAGACAUCCCAGUGGUCCUGACGCGGCCACUGGAGCCCAAAGCAGGGCGCGAGCAGCAGUCGGUCGUCUUGUCCUGUGACUUCAGGCCAGCCCCCAAGGCUGUGCAGUGGUACAAGGAGAACACACCUCUGGCCCCGUCGGAAAAGUUCAAGAUGGCGCUGGAGGGCCAGAUGGCAGAGCUGCGCAUACUCCGGCUCACCCCGGCCGAUGCUGGAGUCUACCGGUGCCAGGCGGGUAGUGCCCAGAGCAGUGCCGAGGUUACCGUGGAAGCCCGGGAGGUGACGGUGACUAAGCCACUGCAAGAUGCUGAAGCAGUGGAGGAAGGCCGGGUCUGCUUCUCAUGCGAGCUGUCCCACAAGGACGAGGACGUCGAAUGGUCACUCAACGGGACACCCCUGUACAACGACAGCUUCCAUGAGAUCAGCCAUGAGGGCUGUCUCCACACACUGGUGCUGAAGAGCGUCCGGCAGGCUGACGCAGGCACCGUGCGCGCCACCUCCCCUAAGGUGUCAGUGUCUGCCCGGCUGGCGGUCAGAGCAAAGCCAGUGGUGUUCCUGAAAGCCCUGGAUGACGUGGCUGCCGAAGAGCGUGGCACACUCACCCUGCAAUGCGAGGUCUCAGACCCUGGGGCACGCGUGGUUUGGCGCAAAGACGGGGUGGAGCUGGGUCCCGGUGACAAGUACGACCUCCUACGCACAGCGGGCACUCGGAGCCUUACAGUACAUGACCUGAGCCAGGAGGACGCCGGGCUGUACACCUGUCACGUGGGCGGUGAGGAAACCCAGUCCAGGGUCAGUGUGCACGAUCUGCACGUGGGCAUCACCAAGAGGUUAAAGACGGUGGAGGUGCUAGAGGGAGAGAGCUGCAGCUUUGAGUGUGUCCUGUCUCACGAGAGUGCCAGUGACCCAGCAGUGUGGACGGUCGGUGGGAAGACAGUGGGUACUUCUGGCCACUUCCGGGCCGUUCGGCAGGGCCGCAAAUACACUCUGACGGUCAAAGAUGCUGCUCCCAGUGAUGCAGGAGAAGUGGUCUUCUCAGUGAUGGGCCUCACAUCCAAGGCCUCGCUCAUCGUCAGAGAGAGGCCAGUGGACAUCACAAAGCCCUUGGAGGACCAGCGGGCCACCCUCGGGGAGGAUGUGAUGUUAAGCUGUGAGCUGUCUAGGGCGGGCAUCUCCGUGCGCUGGCUCAAAGAUGGGAAGGCCAUCCGAAAGAGUCAGAAGUACGACCUGCUCAGUGAGGGCACCCGGGCUGUGUUGGUUGUCCGCAAGGCCUCACUCAAGGAUUCUGGAGAGUACACCUGUGAGACAGAAGCUUCCAAAAGUACUGCCAGGCUCCGUGUGGAAGAAAAGGCAAACCGGUUCACAGAGGAGCUGGCUGACCUGCAGGCGGAAGAGAAGGGCACAGCUGUGUUCACGUGCAAGACAGAGCACCCGGCAUCGGUCGUGACCUGGCGCAAAGGCCUCCUGGAGCUGCGUGCCUCAGGGAAACAUGUCCCCAACCAGGAGGGCUUGACCCUGAAGCUCACCAUCAAUGCCCUGGAGAGGACAGACAGUGACACUUACACCUGUGACAUUGGCCAAGCCCGGACCCAGGCCCGGCUCCUCGUCCAUGGCCAGAAAGUGCGAAUUAUCGAGGACCUAGAGGACACUGCCGUCCAGGAGGGCUCCUCUGCCAAGUUCUGCUGCCGUAUCUCCCCCGCGGACUACAGCCCCGUGCACUGGUUCCUGGACAAGACCCCCUUGCACAGCAAUGAGCUGAACGAGAUCACUGUCCAGCCCGGAGGCUACCAUGAGCUCACCCUGCGCCAGCUGGCACUCAAGGACUCAGGGACCGUCUACUUCGAGGCUGGUGACCAGCGGACCUCAGCUGCCCUGCGGGUGACUGAGAAGCCAAGUGUCUUCUCUCGGCCACUCGUGGAUGUCACAGUCACAGAGGGAGAGGAUACGACUCUUGUCUGUGAAACUACCACCCUGGAGAGUUCUGUGCGCUGGACCAAAGAUGGGAAGACACUGAGGCCGUCUGCACGAUGCCAGCUGAGCUAUGAAGCCUGUCGGGCCCAGCUGGUCAUCACUGGAACCACCCUACAAGAUGGUGGGCGGUACAAGUGUGAGGUUGGCGGAGCCUCCAGCAGCUCCAUUGUCAGGGUUCAUGCUCGGCCGGUGCGGUUCAGGGAGUCCCUGAAGGAUAUGGAGGUGCCAGAGGGCAGGGCUGCCACACUACGAUGCGUGCUGUCCUCUGUGGCUGCACCUGUGGAGUGGCGUCGCGGAGAUGACAUCCUGAAGUCCAGCAGCAAGUAUAGCCUGCGCCAAGAGGGUGCUGUGCUGGAGCUGGUCAUCCGAGACCUGCAGCCCCAGGACGGUGGGCAAUACUCAUGCUCCUUUGGGGACCAGACAACUUCGGCCACACUCACAGUGAAAACCUCGUCUGCCCAGUUCGUAGGAAAACUGAGAAACAGGGAGGCUGCAGAAGGGACCAUGGCCACACUUCGGUGUGAGCUGACCAAAGAGGCCCCCGUGGAGUGGAGGAAGGGAACAGAGACCCUGAGGAAUGGGGACAAAUACUGCCUGAAGCAGGAUGGAGCUGUGUGCGAACUGCAGAUCUGUAACCUGGCUGUGGCAGAUGCGGGGGAGUACGCGUGUGUAUGCGGACAGGAGAGGACAUCGGCCACGCUGACUGUCAAGGCUCUGCCUGCUCACUUUGUCGGAAGGCUCAGGAGCAAGGAGGCCACCGAAGGAGACACGGCCACACUGCGGUGUGAGCUGAGCAAGGCUGCCCCUGUGGAGUGGAGGAAGGGAGCAGAGAGCCUGAGAGAUGGGGACAGAUAUGGCCUGAGGCAGGAUGGGGCCGUGUGUGAGCUGCAGAUCCGUGGCCUGGCUGUGGAAGAUGCUGGGGAGUACUCAUGUGUGUGUGGGCAGGAGAAGACCUCGGCCACGCUGACUGUCAGGGCUCUUCCAGCUAAGUUUAUAGAAGGUCUGAAGAAUGCAGAAGCCACAGAAGGAAGCAUGGCCAUGCUGAGCUGUAAACUGAGCAAGGCAGCUCCUGUGGCAUGGAAGAAAGGAACAAAGACCUUGCGAGAUGGAGACAGAUACAGCCUGAGGCAGGACGGAGCUGUGUGUGAGCUGCAGAUCCAAGGCCUGACCAUGGCUGAUGCUGGGGAAUACUCAUGCGUGUGUGGGCAGGAGAGGACCUCGGUCAUGCUGACUGUCAGGGCCCUGCCCACCAAGUUCACGGAGGGUCUGAGGAACGAAGAGGCCACAGAAGGGGCCAUGGUCACUCUGAGGUGCCGGCUGAGCAAAGCCACCCCCGUGGAGUGGAGGAAGGGAGCAAAGACCCUCAAAGAUGGAGACAGAUACAGCCUGAGGCAGGAUGGGGCCGUGUGUGAGCUGCAGAUCCACAGUCUGACAGUGGAAGAUGCUGGGGAGUACUCAUGCGUGUGUGGGCAGGAGAAGACCUCAGCCACGCUGAGUGUCAAGGCCCUGCCCUCCAGAUUCAUAGAAGACUUGAGGAGCCAGGAGGCCACGGAAGGCACCACGGUCACUUUGAGGUGCCGGCUGAGCAAGGCUGCCUCUGUGGAGUGGAGGAAGGGCUCUGAGAGCCUGAGAGAUGGGGACAGACACAGCCUGAGACAGGAUGGGGCCAUGUGUGAGCUGCAGAUCCGUGGCCUGGCUGUGGAAGAUGCUGGGGAAUAUUGGUGCGUGUGUGGGCAAGAGAAGACCUCGGCCAUGCUGAGCGUCAAGGCCCUGCCCUCCAGAUUCAUAGAAGACUUGAGGAGCCAGGAGGCCACGGAAGGCACCACGGUCACUUUGAGGUGCCGGCUGAGCAAGGCUGCCUCUGUGGAGUGGAGGAAGGGCUCUGAGAGCCUGAGAGAUGGGGACAGACACAGCCUGAGGCAGGAUGGGGCUGUGUGUGAGCUACAGAUCUGUGGCCUGGCUGUGGAAGAUGCUGGGGAGUACUCAUGCGUGUGUGGGCAGGAGAAGACCUCGGCCACGCUGAGUGUCAAGGCCCUGCCCUCCAGAUUCAUAGAAGACCUGAGGAGCCAGGAGGCCACGGAAGGCACCACGGUCACUCUGAGGUGCCGGCUGAGCAAGGCUGCCCCUGUGGAGUGGAGGAAGGGCUCUGAGAGCCUGAGAGAUGGGGACAGACACAGCCUGAGACAGGAUGGGGCCAUGUGUGAGCUGCAGAUCCGUGGCCUGGCUGUGGAAGAUGCUGGGGAGUACUCGUGCGUGUGUGGGCAGGAGAAGACCUCGGCCACGCUGACUGUAGAUGCCCUGCCCACACGAUUCAUCGAAGAGCUGAAGUCCAAGGAGGUCAUGGAAGGGUCCACAGCCACUCUGCAAUGUCAGCUCAGCAAAAAGGCCUCUGUGGAGUGGAAGAAGGAAACAGAGACCCUUAGAGAUGGCGACAGAUACAAGCUGCUGCAAACAGGGGCCAUGUGUGAGCUGCAAAUCCAUGGUCUGACCAUGUCAGACGCUGGCGAAUACUCCUGCGUGUGUGGGAAGGAAAAGACCACAGCCCUGCUGACUAUCAGGGCCCUGCCCCCCAAGUUCACGGAGGGUCUGAAGAAUGAAGAGGCUACAGAAGGGACCGUGGUCACUCUGAGGUGCCAGCUGAGCAAAGAAGCCCCAGUGGAGUGGAGGAAGGGAGCAAAGAUCCUCCAAGAUGGAGACAGAGCUAGUCUGAGACAGAAUAAGGCUGUGUGUGAGCUGCAGAUCUGUGACGUGGCUGUGGAAGAUGCUGGAGAAUACUCAUGCGUGUGUGGGCAGGAGAAGACCUCGGCCACGCUGAGCGUCAAGGCCCUGCCCUCCAGAUUCAUAGAAGACCUGAGGAGCCAGGAGGCCACGGAAGGCACCACGCUCACUUUGAGGUGCCGGCUGAGCAAGGCUGCCCCUGUGGAGUGGAGGAAGGGCUCUGAGAGCCUGAGAGAUGGGGACAGACACAGCCUGAGACAGGAUGGGGCUGUGUGUGAGCUGCAGAUCGGUGGCCUGGCUGUGGAAGAUGCUGGGGAGUACUCGUGCGUGUGUGGGCAGGAGAAGACCUCGGCCAUGCUGAGUGUCAAGGCCCUUCCGAUCAGAUUCACAGACGAGUUGAGAAGCCAAGAGGCCAUGGAAGGCUCAGCCAUCACGAUGCGGUGUACGCUAAGCAAGGCUGCCCCUGUGGUGUGGAGGAAGGGGUCUGAGGUCCUGAGAAAUGGGGACAGGUACAGCCUGAGGCAGGAUGGGGCUGUGUGUGAGCUGGAGAUCCGUGAACUGACCGUGGAAGAUGCUGGAGAAUACUCGUGCGCGUGUGGGCAGGAGAAGACCUCGGCUACGCUGAACAUCGUGGCCCCACAGGUGGUGUUCCAGAAGCCACUGCAGAACCUGCAAGCAGAAGAAGGUUCCACGGCCAGCCUGCAGUGUGAGCUGUCCGUCCUCGGUGCUGCUGUGGUCUGGAGCAAGGGCGGCCUGGAGCUGCAGGCCGACGUGCGCCGAGAGUCCCGGCAGCAGGGGCGAGUGGCAGAGCUGCUGCUCAGGGAUGUGUGCCGCGAGGAUGCCGGCGAGUACAGCUGCACCUGCGGCUCUCAGACCACGAGUGCCACGCUCAUGGUCACAGCUGCCCCUGUGCGGUUCCUCAGGGAGCUGCAGGCCCAGGAAGUCGAUGAGGGGACCACGGCCCACCUGCGCUGUGAGCUGAGCCGGGCGGCUGCGAGUGUGGAGUGGCGCAAGGGCUCCCUGCAGCUCUUCCCUUGUGCCAAGUAUCAGAUGGUACAGGAGGGCACAACUGCUGAGCUGCUGGUCCGAGGGGUGGAGCAAGAGGAUGCUGGCGAAUACACGUGCGAUGCGGGCCCCAUGCAGAGCAUCGCCAAGCUCUCGGUCCGAGCUCCCAAGCCCAAGUUCAAGACUGGCCUGCAGAGCACAGAGCAGGAAGCAGGGGGCAUGGCCCGACUGUGCUGUCAACUGAGCGAGGCUGAGCCAGGGGCUGCAGUGCAGUGGCUCAAGGAGGGCGUGGAGCUGCAUGUCAGCCCCAAGUAUGAGAUGCGGUGCCAAGGGGCUAUGUGUGAGCUGCUGAUCCAUGGGCUGGAGGCCAAGGACACCGGCGAAUAUGCCUGUGUGGUGGGGGGCCAGAAGACCUUGGCCUCUCUCAGAGUCAAAGAGCCUGAGGUGACCAUUGUGCGGGGACUGGUGGACACGGAGGUGCAAGCCGAUGAGGAUGCAGAGUUCACAUGUAAGGUGUCGCAGGCAGGAGCCAGAGAUGUGCAGUGGCGUCUUCAGGGUCUGCCAUUGCAGAGCAAUGAAGUGACGGAGGUGGCUGUUCUUGGAGACGGUUGUACUCACGUGCUCCAACUGAAGGGUGUGACUCCGGAGGAUGCUGGCACCGUCUCCUUCCAUGUGGGCAGCCAUUCAUCUUCUGCUCAGCUCGCAGUCCGAGUCCCUGAGGUGACCGUCCUGGAACCCCUGAAGGAUGUGCAGCUCCGCGAGGGCCAGGAUGCUCACUUCUGGUGCCGGCUGUCCAGGGCCCCGGCCCAGGAGGCUCGCUGGGCUUUGGGUGGGGUUCCCUUGCAGUGCAAUGAGAUGAAUGACAUCACUGUGGAGCAGGGCACGCUCCACCUGCUCACACUGCACAAGGUGACCCUCGAGGAUGCUGGAACCAUCACUCUCCAAGUGGGCUCAUGCUCCUCAGAGGCCCAGCUGAAGGUCACAGCUAAGAACACUGUGGUGCGUGGCCUGGAGAACGUUGAUGCCUUGGAGGGUGGUGAAGCUCUGUUCGAGUGCCAGCUGUCCCAGCCUGAGGUGGCUGCCCACACCUGGCUUUUGGACGACGAGCCUGUGCACACCUCGGAAAACGUGGAGGUGGUCUACUUUGAGGAGGGGCUGCGGCACCUGCUGCUGCUCAAAAACCUGAAGCCACAGGACAGCUGCCGAGUGACCUUCCUGGCGGGGGAUGUGGUCACGUCUGCAUUCCUCACUGUGAGAGGCUGGCGCUUGGAGGUCCUAGAGCCCCCACAAGAUGCUUCUGUGAGAGCCGGUAUGAAGGUCCGCUUCACUUGCACACUAAGUGAGGCUGUGCCUGUGGGUGAGGCUACUUGGUACAUCAAUGGGGCUGCCAUCCAACCUGAUGAUGCUGACUGGACAGUCACCGCAGACGGCAGUCACCAUGCCCUGAUACUGAACAACGCCCAGCCCCAACACAGAGGAGAGGUCACGUUUGCGGCCCGUGAUGCCGUGGCCUCCGCACGCCUCUCUGUGUUGGCCCUCCCUGACCCCCCUGAAGACGCCGAAGUGGUGGCUCGUAGUGGCCACUCUGUGACCCUAUCCUGGGUGGCUCCCCUGAGUGAUGGCGGCGGCGGUCUGUGUGGUUACCGUGUAGAGAUGAAAGAGGCAUCCACAGGCCAGUGGAAGUUGUGCCAUGAGUUGGUACCUGGGCCAGAGUGUGUGGUGGACGGCCUGGUCCCUGGGGAGACCUACCGCUUCCGAGUGGCAGCCGUGGGUCCAGCAGGCACUGGGGAGCCUGUACAUCUGCCCCAGAUGGUGAAGAUAGCAGAGUCAACGGAACCCAAACCUGCCCCAGUCCCAGUCCUAACCCCAACCCCAGCCCCAACCCCAACCCCAACCCCGGCCCCAACCCCAACCCCGGCCCCAACCCCAACCCCAGCCCCAACCCCAACCCCAGUCCCAGCCCCAGCCCCAUACCCAGAGACACGACAGGCAGUAGUUGGUGAGGACCUGUGUCUGGAGAUGGAAGUGGCAGCUGAUGCUGGCGAGGUCGUCUGGCACAAGGGAACAGAACGCAUCCAGCCCAGUGGGCACUUUGAGGUCCUCUCUCAGGGUCGGCGGCGGAUGCUGGUGAUCAAGGGCUUCAGGACUGAAGACCAAGGGGAGUACCGCUGUGGUCCCACCCGGGGCCCGCCCUCCUCAGGGGCUGCCGCUUUUAAAGUGGUCAUGACCUCGGGCUCCGGGGAUGAGGGCCCCACGCAGCCCAGCCUGCCUCCCGAGGCAGCCCAGGAGGGUGACCUGCACCUGCUAUGGGAGGCCCUUGCCCGGAAGCGCCGCAUGAGCCGGGAGCCCACGCUGGACUCCAUCAGCGAGCUGCCUGAGGAAGACGGCCGCGUGCAGCACCUGCGGCAGGAGGCAGAAGAGACGGCCCCUGACCUCUCGGAGGGCUACUCUACAGCGGAUGAGCUGGCACGCACGGGAGAGGCUGACCUCUCGCACACCAGCUCUGACGAUGAGUCUCUAGUUACCUACCUCAAGAAGGCCGGGGGUCCUGGGAUCUCACCUCUGGCCAGCAAGCACGGGGCCCAGGUGGCCACUUCUGUGAAGCCACAAAAGCAGCAGGAGCAAGUAGCGCCCGUGUGCCCACUGCCGGGAGACUUGAGUGCAGCAGACUUGAACGACCCAUCCCUGGACAAGGCAGCUGUGAAGAUCCAGGCUGCCUUUAAGGGCUACAAAGUGCGGAAGGAGAUGAAGCAGCAGGAAGGGCCUGUGUUCUCCCGCACGUUCGGGGACACAGAGGCUCAGGUUGGGGAUGUGCUGCGGCUGGAGUGCGUGGUGGCCAGCAAGGCUGAUAUGAGGGCCUGCUGGCUGAAGGAUGGCAUAGAGCUGACCGAUGGGCGGCACUACCACAUAGACCAGCUCAAGGACGGUACGUGCUCUCUGCUGGUCACUGGCCUGGGCCCCACGGACACAGGCCGUUACACCUGUCAGGUGAGCACCAAGUUCGGCCUUGUGAGCCACAGUGCCUGCGUGGUGGUCAGUGGGACAGAGAGCGAGGCUGAGAGCUCCUCGGGGGGCGAGCUGGACGAUGCCUUCCGCCGGGCAGCACGCCGCCUGCACCGCCUCUUCCGCACCAAGAGCCCAGCCGAGCUCUCAGAGGAGGAACUCUUCCUGAGUGCGGAUGAAGGCCCCGCGGAGCCGGAGGAGCCUGCAGACCGGCAGACGUACCGAGAGGAGGAAAACUUCGUGUGCAUCCGUUUCGAGUCGCUCGCAGAGGCCCGCCGGGCAGUCACCUGCUUCCGUGACAUGUUUGCCACCAUGGGCAUCGGGGUGGAGAUCAGCCUGGGGGAGCAGGGACCCCGGGGAGUGGAGAUGCGCAUUGGCAAGGUGGCCCCCGCUGUCACCCCCGCGGUACCGCUGCAGAAGACGCCUGGCCUGCAGACCUCAGACGCUGCCCCAGUGUUCCUGACCGAGCUGCAGAACCAAGAGGUGCAAGACGGUUACCCCGUGAGCUUCGACUGCGUGGUGACGGGCCAGCCCGUGCCCAGCGUGCGCUGGUUCAAGGACGGGAAGUUGCUGGAGGAGGAUGACCACUACAUGAUCAACGAGGACCAGCGGGGUGGUCACCAGCUCAUCAUCACGGCUGUGGUGCCGGCAGACAUGGGUGUCUACCGAUGCCUGGCGGAGAACAGCAUGGGCGUCUCCUCCACCAAGGCUGAGCUUCGUGUAGAAUUGACCAGCACAGACUAUGAUACUGCUGCAGACGCUACUGAGACCUCAUCAUACUUCAGCGCCCAGGGAUACCUGUCCAGCCGGGAGCAAGAGGGAACCGAGUCAGAUGAGGGGCAGCUUCCUCAGGUGUUGGAAGAGCUGAAAGACCUCCAAGUGUCCCCUGGCACACGCCUGGCCAAAUUCCAACUCAAGGUGAAAGGCUAUCCAGCCCCCAAACUGUACUGGUUCAAAGAUGGCCAGCCCCUGACCACAUCUGCCCACAUCCGCAUGACUGACAAAAAGACCCUACACACCCUGGAGAUUGUCUCUGUCACCCGGGAGGACAGUGGCCAGUAUGCAGCCUACAUCAGCAACUCUGUGGGUGCUGCCUACUCCUCGGCCCGGCUGCUGGUCCGAGGUCCCAGUGAACCAGAAGAGAAGCCAGCGGCAGAUGUGCAUGAGCAGCUGGUGCCACCCCGGAUCCUGGAGAAGUUCACACCCAAGAAAGUGAAGAGGGGCUCCAGCAUCACCUUUUCAGUGAAGGUGGAAGGACACCCGGCUCCCGCUGUGCACUGGCUCAAGGAGGAGGCAGAGAAGGGCGUGGUCUGGAUUGGCCCGGAUACCCCCGGCUACACCAUGGCCAGUUCUGCCAAGCAGCAUAGCCUGGUCCUGCUGGAUGUGGGCCGACAGCACCAGGGCACCUACACAUGUAUCGCCACCAACGCUGCUGGCCAGGCACUCUGCUCUGCCAGCCUGCACAUCUCCGGCUUGGCCAAAGAGGAAGAGCAGGAAAGAGUGAAGGAGGCCCUCAUUUCCUCCUUCCUGCAAGGGACAAGCCAAGCUGUUUCAGGCCAGAUGUUGGAAUCUGAGGGGUUUGCUGAUCUUGUUGGGCAAAAGAAAGGGGAGUCCUUGGUGGCUGAAAAGGCCCAUGGUCACCUGUCUCUCGCUGAGGUGGGCACAGAAGAGUUCCUACAGAAACUCACCUCUCAGAUCACUGAGAUGGUAUCAGCCAAGAUCUCGCAGGCCAAGCUCCAGGUGCCUGGAGGUGACAGUGACGAGGAGUCCAAGACACCAUCUGCUUCUCCUCGGCAUGGCCGGUCACGCCCUUCCUCCAGUGUGCAAGAGUCCUCUUCAGAAUCAGAGGAUGGGGACUCCCGUGGUGAGAUCUUUGACAUCUAUGUGGUCACCGCUGACUAUCUGCCCCUGGGUGCUGAGCAAGAUGCCAUCAUUUUGAGAGAAGGCCAGUAUGUGGAGGUCCUUGAUUCGGCUCAUCCCCUGCGUUGGCUUGUACGCACCAAGCCCACCAAAUCCAGCCCUUCCAGGCAGGGCUGGGUGUCCCCUGCCUACCUGGACAAGAGGCUCAAGCUGUCUCCUGAGUGGGGGCCCACUGAGGCCCCUGAGUUUCCUGGGGAGGCUGUGUCUGAGGACGAGUAUAGAACGAGGCUGAGCUCCGUCAUCCAGGAGCUGCUGAGUUCAGAGCAGGCUUUCGUGGGUGAGCUGCAGUUCUUGGAGAGCCACCACAUGAAGCACCUGGAACGGUCCCCCCGUGUGCCCGCAGCUGUGGCCAGCCAGAAGACAGUCAUCUUUCGUAACGUGCAGGACAUCAGCCAUUUCCACAGCAGCUUCUUGAAGGAGCUUCAGGGCUGUGACACCGAUGAUGAUGUGGCCAUGUGCUUCAUCAAGAACCAGGAGGCCUUUGAGAAGUACCUGGAGUUCCUGGUGGGCCGUGUGCAGGCUGAGUCAGUGGUUGUCAGCACCCCAGUCCAGGAGUUCUACAAGAAGUACGCAGAGGAGACACUGUCCGCAAAGGACCCCACACAGCCGCCCCCACCCCCACUGCAGCACUACCUGGAGCAGCCCGUGGAGCGGGUGCAGAAGUACCAGGCCUUGCUGAAGGAGCUAAUCCGCAACAAGGCCCGCAACCGGCAGAACUGCGCGCUGCUGGAGCAGGCCUAUGCCGUGGUGUCCGCCCUGCCUCAGCGUGCCGAGAACAAGCUGCACGUGUCUCUCAUGGAGAAUUACCCAGGAACCCUGGAGGCCCUGGGAGAGCCUAUCCGCCAGGGCCACUUCAUCGUGUGGGAGGGGGCUCCAGGGGCCCGGAUGCCUUGGAAGGGUCACAACCGGCAUGUCUUCCUCUUCCGAAACCACCUGGUGAUCUGCAAGCCCAGGAGAGACUCUCGUACUGACACCUUCAGCUAUGUGUUCCGGAACAUGAUGAAGCUGAGCAGCAUCGACCUGAACGAUCAGGUGGAGGGGGAUGACCGAGCCUUUGAGGUGUGGCACGAGCGGGAGGACUCUGUGCGCAAGUACCUGCUCCAGGCACGGACGGUCAUCAUCAAAAACUCCUGGGUGAAGGAGAUCUGCGGUAUCCAGCAGCGCCUCGCCCAGCCUGUAUGGCGUGCCCCUGAUUUUGAAGAGGAGCUAGCUGAUUGCACGGCUGAGCUGGGUGAAACGGUGAAGCUGGCAUGCCGAGUGACUGGCACGCCUAAGCCCAUUGUCAGCUGGUACAAAGAUGGGAAGCCAGUGGAGGUGGACCCACACCACAUCCUCAUUGAGGACCCUGAUGGCUCCUGUACCCUCAUCUUGGAUAACCUGACCGGCAUAGACUCUGGCCAGUACAUGUGUUUUGCGGCCAGUGCUGCCGGCAAUGCCAGCACCUUGGGGAAGAUCCUAGUUCAAGUGCCCCCACGAUUUGUGAACAAGGUCCGGGCCACACCCUUUGUAGAGGGGGAGGACGCACAGAUCACUUGCACUGUGGAAGGCGCCCCAUACCCUCAGAUCAGGUGGUACAAGGACGGCACCCUGCUAACCCCGGGCAACAAGUACCGGAUGCUGAAUGAGCCCCGCAGCGGUGUGCUGGUGUUGGUGAUCAGGGCAGCCAGCAAGGAGGACCUGGGGCACUAUGAGUGUGAGUUGGUGAACCGGUUGGGCUCAACGCGUGGUGGCGGAGAAUUAUACAUGCAGAGCCCCGCACUGCGUGCCCGGGACCAGCACCACCGGGAACAGCUCGUGGCUGCCAUGGAAGACACCUCCGUGGAGGACUCUGUCCACUCCACCCAGGCUGGAGCUGACCAAGACGCCGCUUCUAUCCUUUGGAGGCUGUUGGGCUCAGAAGGCCUGAGCCCCUCCCCAGGAGAUCUCCCCCACACCAGACAAAGUGAGCUGCCUGCACUGGAAGAGGCUGCUCCCCAGACACCAGGCCCAGCAGCCUCAGCUGAAGCUCCAGAAGCCUCACAGCCUGGCACACGCAAAGGCCUGGAUCAGGAGACAACAACGGCUGGGUCCCAGGGACGGACUGUGCCCAUUCGGGUGGAGGGGUCAGCCUGGCCAGGUGCAGGCAAGGGGCAGCUGCUCUUGGACGUGCACAGCCAAGUCGUCGUGGAGACCACGCAGAGGACCUACGUGUACCAACCUCCAGACACAAGUGCUACAAGGGCCCCCUCCAUGCAGGUCACUAUUGAGGAUGUACAAGUACAAGUAGGUGACGUGGCACAGUUCGACGCUGUCAUUGAAGGCAACCCACCGCCCACAGUGACCUGGUACAAGGAGAGCAACCAGCUGACGAACAGUGCCCGGCUGAGCCAGCGGCAGGAGGGAACUACAUAUUCCUUGGUGUUGACUGACGUGGCUCCACAGGAUGCUGGUGUCUACACGUGCGUCGCCCACAACGCAGGAGGACAGGUGCUCUGCAAGGCGGAGCUGCUGGUCCAUGGGGGGGACAAGCUAGACUCAGAAAAGCAAGUCUACCGGAGAAAACUGCAUUCCUUCUAUGAGGUCCAAGAGGAGAUUGGAAGGGGUGUGUUUGGUUUCGUGAAGAAGGUUCAGCACAAAGGAAACAAAAUGUCCUGUGCUGCCAAGUUCAUCCCCCUAAGGAGCAAGACUCGGGCCCAGGCAUACCAGGAACGAGACAUCUUGGCUACACUCAGCCACCCGCUGGUCACCGGGCUCCUGGACCAAUUUGAGACCCGGAAAACUCUCAUCCUUAUCUUAGAACUGUGCUCAUCUGAAGAGCUGCUGGAUCGCCUCUUCAAGAAGGGUGUAGUGACGGAGGCUGAGGUCAAGGUCUAUAUCCAGCAGCUGGUGGAAGGCCUGCACUAUUUGCACAGUCAUGGUAUCCUUCACCUGGACAUAAAGCCCCCCAACAUCCUGAUGGUGCACCCAGCACGGGAAGACAUUAAGAUCUGUGACUUCGGCUUUGCCCAGAAGAUCACCCCUUCAGAGCCACAGUACAGCAAGUACGGCUCACCCGAAUUCGUGUCCCCAGAGAUCAUUGAGCAGAGUCCUGUGAGCAAGGGCUCAGACAUCUGGGCCAUGGGCGUCAUCUCCUACCUCAGCCUGACCUGCUCAUCCCCAUUUGCUGGAGAAAGCGACCGUGCCACCUUGCUGAAUGUUUUGGAGGGGCGGGUAUCUUGGAGUAGUCCCAUGGCUGCCCAUCUGAGUGAGGAUGCGAAGGACUUUAUCAAGGCCACGCUGCAGAAGACCCCUGGGGCCCGGCCUAGUACUUCCCAGUGCCUUGCCCACCCCUGGUUCCUGAAAUCCAUGCCUGCUGAGGAGGCCCACUUUAUCAACACCAAACAGCUCAAGUUCCUUCUUGCUCGAAGUCGCUGGCAGCGUUCCUUGAUGAGCUACAAGUCGAUCCUGGUGAUGCGCUCCAUCCCUGAGCUGCUCCAGGGUCCUCCAGACAGUCCAUCCCUGGGAGUGGCCCGGCACCUGCGAGGGGAAGCCAGCGGCUCCUCUAGCUCAUCAUCUUCCUCGGACAAUGAGCUCGCCCCGUUCGCCAGGGCGAAGUCGCUGCCACCUUCCCCCGUGACUCACUCCCCGCUGCUGCACCCCCGGGGCUUUCUGCGGCCUUCGGCCAGCCUCCCGGAGGAGACAGAGGCCAGCAUGCUCGCUUCUGAUGCAGCAUCCGCCCAGGGUGCUGGGCCUCCAGCAAGCCCAGGCUGCGUGCCCCGGCACAGCGUCAUCAGCAGCUUGUUCUACCAGCAAGCUGGGGAAGGUACAGAACGUGGGAGCAAAACCUUGGGGGCCAAGAGGCACCCGGCUCGGAGGCGGCACCUGCUGAAGGGGGGGUACAUUGCAAGAGCCCUACCAGGUCUGCGAGAACCACUGAUGGAGCACAGCGUGUUGGAGGAGGAGGCUGCUAGGGAGGAGCAGGCCAUUCUGAUGACCAAGACGCCCUCCUUCGAGACAGCCCUGCGACUGCCUAGCUCCACCAUCCGAGAGGUCCCAGGACGGAGCCGCUCCCUGGACCACAACCCACCAUUCUCCACUGGUCCCUCCCCUGAGGCAUGCAAGGGGCAAUCCCUGUUUCCAUCCUCCUCAGGGGUGACUCAUGGAGCCACUGCCAAGGACAUGGGGCACAAAGGAGGAAUCUUGCAGGAGUCUGUUCACUUUUCACCUACUAGUGGUGACUUGGGGCCUGCUAAGCAAGAGGAAUCAUCCCCGGACAGCUGUAGAGGGAAACCAGGUUCUUCCUGUCCCUCUGAACUGGGUUCUGGCCCCCGGGAAGGCUGUGGCUCUCCACCAUCACAGUCACUUGGCUCCUUGCCUUCGCAGUCAUUGAAGAAGGACCUCUUGACACCCUGUGAGCCCUUCUCGGGGCAGCCUCAGGCAGCCCCAUUCCCAACCCAAGCAAGCACCCUUCCGGGUUCUAAGAAGGAGCUUCAGGAUAGCGUUCUUUCUGGAGGAUCAUGUCCCCACCCCUCCAGUUCCUCAGGGCCAGCCUCCCACGUGGGCACCUCCCUGGAUACCGAAGGCCUGUCCGAAGCCGAGGACAUGUAUGACUUGACACCCCCUCCGAAGCGGCCUCAGGAGCAGGCCACCACCCGGAAGUUCUCCCUGGAAUCCCGAGGGGGCUAUGCAGGGGUGGCAGGCUACGGCACCUUCGCCUUUGGCGGUGAUGCAGGCGGCAUGCUAGGACAGGGUCCUCUUUGGGCCAGGAUGGCCUGGGCUGUGUCUCAGUCCUCAGAAGAGCAGGAUGAAGCUGCAGCGGAGAGCCCUCGGCCUCUGGACAGGUCAGGGCCCAUGGCUGAGGCCAGUGGGGUUCCCCUAAGGACCUCUCCGAGCCUCAUUCCAUGGGAGGAAGUGGAGCAGGUUUCCCUGGUACAGAUCCGGGAUCUGUCUGGUGAUGCAGAAGCAGCCGACACUAUUUCCUUGGACAUUUCUGAGGUAGAUCCUGCCUACCUCAACCUCUCUGAUCUAUAUGACAUCAAAUAUCUCCCAUUUGAGUUCAUGAUCUUCAGGAGGGUCCCUAAACCUGUAGAGCAGCCAGAGUCACCUGGCUCUGAAUCUGACACUGGGCAAGGGCUGGCAGAGUUCCUGGAGGAGCCCGUGUGGUCCUGGCCAGGCGAGCUGGGACUACGUGCCGGCCUAGAGAUUACAGAGGAGCCAGAGGAGCCAGCGGACCUGGAAGCAUUGCUGGGAGAGGCUGCCGUGGGCAGAAAGCGCAAGUGGUCCCCAUCCCGUGGCCUCUUCCAGUUCCCUGGGAGGUGCCUGUCAGGGGAAGAGUCUGUGGAACUUGGGCUGCGCCAGAGGGUGAAGGCUUCCAUGGCUCACAUCUCCAGGAUCCUGAAGGGCAAGCCGGAAGGCCCUGAGAAGGAGGAGCCCCCCAGGAAGAAGGCAGGCCUAGGUUCUUUCCGGAUGUCAGGCCUGAAGGGCAGGGACCAAGCACCAUCCUUCCUAAGAGAGCUCUCAGACGAGGCUGUGGUCCUGGGCCAAUCAGUGACACUGGCCUGCCAGGUCUUGGCCCAGCCAACUGCUCAGGCUACCUGGAGCAAAGAUGGGGCCCCCCUGGAGAGCAGUGGCCACCUCCUCAUCUCUUCCACCCUGAAGAACUUCCAGCUGUUGACCAUCCUGGUGGUGACCGAGGAGGAUCUGGGCACAUACACCUGCCGUGUGAGCAAUCCGCUGGGGACAGCAGCCAGUACAGCUGUCCUCCGGAAAGCAGAGCGCCCCUCAUCCGCUCCACGCCCAGAGGUGGGGGAAGUGUACACAGACGCGGUGCUGCUGGUCUGGAAGCCUGUGGAAUCCUGCGGCCCAGUGACUUACAUUGUGCAGUGCUGUAUGGAAGGAGGCGGCUGGACCACCCUGGCCUCUGACAUCUCCGACUGCUGCUACCUCACCAGCAAGCUGUCCCGCGGUGGCACGCACACUUUCCGAACAGCAUGUGUCAGCAAAGCAGGGAUGGGCCCCUACAGCAGCCCCUCGGAACAGGUCCUCCUGGGAGGACCCAACCACCUGGCCUCUGAGGAGGAGAGUGGCCGGGGCAGGCCAGCCCAGCUUCUCCCCAGCACAAAGACCUUCGCCUUCCAGAUGCAGAUCCGGAGGGGCCGCUUCAGCGUGGUCCGGCAGUGUAGGGAGAAGGCAAGCGGGCGGGCGCUGGCUGCUAAGAUUGUUCCUUACCAGCCUGAGGACAAGACAGCUGUGCUGAGAGAAUAUGAGGCUCUUAAGAGACUGCACCACCCACACCUGGCUCAGCUCCACGCGGCCUACCUCAGUCCCCGGCACCUGGUGCUCAUCCUGGAGCUGUGCUCCGGCCCUGAGCUGCUACCCUGCCUGGCAGAGAGGGACUCCUACUCAGAGUCUGACGUGAAGGACUACCUGUGGCAGAUGCUGAGUGCCACCCAGUACCUGCAUGCCCAACGCAUCCUGCACCUGGACCUGAGGUCCGAGAACAUGAUGGUCACUGAGUACAACCUGCUUAAGGUUGUGGACCUAGGCAAUGCCCAGAGCCUCAGCCAAGAGAAGGUCCCACCCCCCGAGAACUUCAAAGACUACCUGGAGACCAUGGCUCCGGAACUUCUGGAAGGCCAAGGGGCUGUUCCACAGACGGACAUCUGGGCUAUUGGCGUGACGGCCUUUAUUAUGCUGAGCGGCGAGUACCCUAUGAGCAGCGAGGGGACCCGUGACCUGCAGAAAGGCUUGCGCAAGGGACUCAUUCGGUUGAGUCGCUGCUACGCCGGGUUGUCGGGGGGCGCUGUAGCCUUCCUGCAGAGUUCCUUGUGCGCUCGACCCUGGGGCCGCCCGUGCGCCACCACCUGCUUGCAGUGCGGGUGGCUGACGGAGGAGGGCCCCGCCGGCUCCCGGACUACGCCCGUAACCUUCCCCACCGCACGGCUGCGAGCCUUCGUGCGUGAGCGGGAGAAGCGGCGGGCGCUGCUCUACAAAAAGCACAACCUGGCCCAGGUGCGCUGAGGUCCUGCUCCGCAGGGCAAGUUGUGCCACGCCAAUAAAAGACGCAAAACAGCCAAA